CUGCCUUAUUGGGACUAUCGAUGCUGUGACUUUUAGCGAAUUAGCUGCUAAUUGCAAGCGGUAACGGUGGAUAUUCGUAGUCUAUUGUGGUUACUCAACAUUGGUAAUUUCGUUUAAAUUCACAGUCAGCGCUCGUUUCGCCGUGCGGACGCGUCAGACGACACAAGUGAAGUCCUCUUGUAUAUAAACAAAACGCAGCGAGCUGCUUUUUAAGGUGGCACGUCAGGGACUGCUGUAACAACAAGGCUCGUCCGAUUCCCGUUUGUCAAGUUAGCUAACUUAGUGUUGGCGUCGCUGUCAGAGAUGGAAACGACCACACAGCUUUGUUAGGAGUUAAACUCCAAAACUUGUGCGAGCGAACAUGAGAGAAGACGACAGUUUGUUGUCAGGAAGGCAGCCCAUGGCGAGUGAAAGAGGGGGUGAACAUCCCUGCUGCUGCCCCUACUUUACGGAGGAGAAAGGAGCACUUGCUAACACGAAGGCUGACCUGGGGUCUCCUGGUCAUCUGUCCAAGUCUUUGUAGUAUAAAAUCAGACUUUGGCACAAUAUGGAGACGGUGGGGAAAUUUGAGUUCAGUCGGAAGGACUUGAUAGGACAUGGCGCAUUUGCUGUCGUCUUCAAAGGCAGGCAUCGAGAGAAACAUGACUGGGAGGUGGCAGUAAAAUGCAUAAACAAGAAGAACCUGGCCAAAUCCCAGACACUGUUGGGGAAGGAGAUCAAAAUACUCAAGGAACUAAAGCAUGAAAACAUUGUUGCAUUACUGGACUUUCAGGAAACUGCCAGCUCAGUGUACCUGGUAAUGGAGUACUGCAAUGGGGGUGACCUUGCUGACUACUUACACUCCAAAGGCACACUGAGUGAGGACACUAUCCGGGUUUUCCUGCAGCAGAUUGCAGGGGCCAUGAGGGUCCUACAGGCCAAAGGCAUAAUCCACAGGGACCUCAAACCCCAGAAUAUUCUGCUCUCCUACCCACCAGGACGCAAGUCGCACUCCAACAACACCUGCAUCAAGAUUGCGGACUUUGGCUUUGCCAGGUACCUUCAGAACAACAUGAUGGCGGCGACACUCUGUGGGUCCCCAAUGUACAUGGCUCCUGAGGUCAUUAUGUCCCAAAACUAUGAUGCCAAGGCUGACUUGUGGAGUAUAGGAACCAUAGUGUUUCAGUGCCUGACUGGAAAGGCUCCUUUUCAGGCUAGCAGUCCCCAGGACCUCCGGCUGUUCUAUGAAAAAAACAAGAAUCUCAGCCCCAACAUCCCCAGGGAGACUUCAAGCCAUUUGAGGCACCUGCUGCUGGGACUGCUGCAGCGCAACCACAAGGACCGCAUGGACUUUGAUGAGUUUUUUGGUCAUUCUUUCCUGGAGGCUAGCUCAUCAAUGAAAAAGAUAACUCCAACUGUGACCAUGACCUGCUUCCCAAGCUCUGCAUCAGCCAGCUCUUGUAGCAGCUCUUCCACAUCUCAUCUCGCCUCACCACCGCAGUCUCUUGCUGAGGUUCAGCAUUUGCGUGCCAAAGCUCUGGCCUCUCCUACCCAGGAGGCCACUGGUUUUCUCCUCAAGGACUCGUCUGGAGGGGGCGGCAGCAGCAAGAACUCCUCCUCCUGUGACACAGAUGACUUUGUCAUGGUGCCUGCUCACUUCACGACAGGUGAGCUGACAUGUGAGAGUAAAGUGCUGCAGGACAGCCUGAUGAACAGUGGCUCUCUUCUGGCAUCUGCUGGUCUGUGUAGCCAAGCCAAAACACCCCCACACUCACCUUCCUACAGUGGCUCUCCAAGUCCUGUCAGGCCCAGUGAGUUCUCGGGAAGUAACUACGGUGGUAACUAUGGAAACCAUGGUCAGUCAUUGCCUAUUCCAGUCCCCACUCAGGUCCAGAACUACCAGCGCAUGGAGCAGAAUCUCCACUCUACCAAACAGGAUGGCUCACCACGGCUGUCGACACCGGUGCGUCGUUGCAGCAGUGGGAGCUCAUUGGGCUUUGCUCGGACCGGACCUUCACCAUCUUACGGGCAGGGAGCAGUCACCGCCACCCGCAGGCUCUCCCUGGGAGGUGGCAGAACUUUCCAGCUCUCGCCUCUAGCUCCUCAGCUCACUGAACCCCGGCCGACUUCUCAGCAACACCCACAGACGACAGGACUAGGCACACGGCUCCACAGUGCCCCCUGUCUGUUGGAGUGUGUCAGUGGUGGCGGGAGGCAGAAGAUCAGGAAGCAGUACUCGGACCCUGUGGUUGCCCCCUCAUCAGGCCUGAUGACUGUCCGCCCCCUACACUCUUCCCCCAGAUUGAGUGAGCUGAUGCAGCGCAGCCCCCUCCCCACCAUCCUGGGCUCCCCUUCCAGGACCAUCCCUCCAUUUGAAUUCCCUAAGCCUCCCAGCUCUCCAAACCUUGUGACCUUCCUUACACAGCAGGGUUUGGUCAUCGGCUCUCCUGGCAGCAGGACUGCCCUGACAGAGCCCAGAGAGCCAGGACAACAAGCACCUACGCAGGUCGCCCAGCCUGCACACUGCAUCCACAGACUGAAUGAUGAUACCAGGAGCUUCGGAAGGUCUCAGAGUGCUGGUCGUCUGUCUGACAUGCUGCUGAUGGCUGCGUUUGGACCAGGUGGACCUGUGGGUGAACGAGGCAGCACAGAGAACCUGACCUCUGAAAAAGCCAUAGAAAUAACAGCGCCCCCAGGUGCUGGGGUAGGUCUUGCACCUGGAUCCAGCAGCCCAGCACAAGUGGUUUUCACUGUGGGCUCUCCUCCCAGUGGCAGCACCCCACCUCAAACUUCCAGACAGAGGAAAUACUCAGGCUCGUUCACUUCAGUCAGCCCUGCAGGCUCCUUCACCAGCCGGUACCCCCAGACAGGCACCUAUCUGGAUGGUUUCGAGGCUCCUUCCAGUCCUCGUUACAGUUUCACUGAUCCUAUCACAGCCAACAUGGGAGGCCCCGUAACCUUUGAGGCUCCUGAGCUGCCUGAGGAGACACUGAUGGAGCAGGAGCAUACAGACAUGGUGCAAAACCUGCGUUUCACGUUGGAUUUUGCACGUUGUCUAAUGGAAGUGGCCGGGGCCCGUGGUGCUGCGGUGUUGGGGGAGCAGGUGGACAUUUCUCAUCCCUCCCUCCUUCAGCAGCAUAGCCUGGUAGCAGAUCAGAUAAGCUCACUGAGCCGAGAGUGGAGUCAUGCAGAACAGCUGGUUCUUUACCUUAAGACUGCAGAACUCUUGUCGACUGCCUUACACACAGCCAUGGAGCGAGUUAAACAGGGCAAACUCUACCCAUCUGCUACAGUCAAACAAGUGGUGAGGAGGCUGAAUGAGCUGUACAAAUCCAGCGUGGCAUCCUGUCGCUCACUCAGCACUCGUCUGGAGCGCUUUUUUUCCAGGAAGCACCGUCUUAUGGACCAAAUCACCUCCAUCACAGCAGAGCGGCUGCUGUUCAGCCACACUGUGCAGAUGGUUCAGGCUGCUGCGCUGGACGAGAUGUUCCACCAGGGGGAAGCAUCAGUCCUGCGCUACCAUAAAGCUCUGCUGCUGAUGGAGGGCUUGUCUCUGCUGCUCACUGAACAGGAUGACAUCCUCAGUGUUAGCAAAUGCAAAGAAUGCAUUGAACGCCGCCUCACAGCUUUGCAGUCAGGACUCUGUGUUUAAGUGUCCUAAGUGUCCUACACUGCGUCUUAGAGUGUCGAUAUGAUGUCAGUCAUUUGCACCCUGUGCAUUAUCAACGAACCAAAUCUCCACCCACAUUACAUGGUUUUCAGUUAGAAUUGCUUUAGUGUUCACUAGAAAACCACAAGAUUUCACUUUCACUUAACCUCUAGAGUAUGUGCUCUUUGAAUGACUUGCUGUUCAUGUCAAGUUUUGGACAGUGACAGUGACUUCCCCCAACACUAAACUUGGACCAGUGUUGGACAUGAAGCAUCUGCGCUGUAAAAGAAUGUCUGCGCUCUUGUCUAUGUGAGAGGACUGUGCUCCUGGCACUGAAAAUGGUAUUUUUUGCUAAGAAGAUGAUUCCCCUCACUAGGCGUAACACAUGCUGGAGCAAUUAUUGCCAAGUAGUCACAUACACAUACAGUACUUAUCUAGAUAUAAACACAAAGCAUUGUAAGAUGGACAAAUGCUACAAAUUUGCAGUACGCAAAUCUAUAGACAAAUGUUAUCCUUUACCAAGAUCAGUGGCUAGACGGAAAGUGUAGUAUCUGCUGUACACCUACACAAGGACGUUUACUGAUGAAGACCAGGAAUGGCCACGUAUCAUUCUCAUCAGAUGUGUGUUUGUCUUAUACCCUUUGUUUGCUUUGCUGGGUUUAUGUUCUCUGGUUUUUACCUAAUUGUUGUGUGCUUGCUGAAGGGAAGUAUAAAUAGCAUUGUUACAAUUUGUGGCCGGGAAUGCAUAGAAGCACUAUUACAAAACUGUUGCCAAAAUGACUUUAAAAAAUGUAGUUUUGUUUUUUGUGUUAUGUUUUAUCUUUGAGUCACUGUGGAUAUCUAUGCUGGUUUGGAAAAAAAUCCCUGUUUGACACUUUACUGAUUCUAAACUUGUUCACUGGCAUAGACCAAGUCCCCACAGUGAGACAAUAGCACCUUUUUAUACAGCCUGUUUACCGUUCUGUAUAAAAGGUACAAAUAUGGUAUGGGGGAGCAUUGUUUUUCUACUGGCAGCACAGGUAGCUGGAAUAAGGAGGGGUCUUCAUGAGGGUAAUACAGCUGGAUCCCUCUUUACAACGGGCUAAUGGCGUAAGGAUUUUAUUUUUUAAGUUGUAGCAGGUAUUAAAAGCAACAGGUAGAAAAUGGGUCUAGAGGACACUAACUACCCCACUGCUACAUGCAAAAUACAGCAUUUAAUUUCAGAGGGACUGAAACUGGUCUGUUAGCAUCCCUGAUCACAAUCUCGUUAAAGAUGCUGCAAUAACCUGGGAUGUAUUCUUCAGGUAUACAGAAGCUUAGAUGCUGCUGUUGCUGGUAAUCUCUUUAGAUUUAGAUCUCUUUAAGAUUCCAUAUUCUGUCUUUUUGUGUUUAUCUAUCAGUGAUGGUGGAGUUUAGCAAGUAUAAUCAAAUUUGAAUGUAGUGCUGACAGGAGUGAGGAGUGACCAUAAAUAUUAGCCGAAUGUUUGAUAACUAACAUUUAGACUGAUCCCAGGGCUAAUGUCUGAAUGCUUUUGCACUGUUGAAGUACUGUACAGAAAGAUCCUGAGUGGAAUAUGCUAAACAUGUUCAGUUUUUGUAGAUGCCUAGACAGAUUUCAUAUUUCUACUUCUAUACUUUUAGUGCAGUUUUAGUUUAGUAUUAUAGUUACUGUCUAAAGGUAGUGUAGAUGUGUGAAUGUUGACUAAGAGAUGGUAUAAGCUAUGAAACCUUAGAAAGAUUUCUUUAGGAAAAAAAGGAAAAGAAAACUUGCUUUACACUGAAGAAAAAAAAAUGUUUUGCAUCAAUUGUGUUGUGUUUUAUUUCAGUGUAGUCAGUGGGUGAUGAUAGUGUUUGAUUUUGAAAAGUGGUGUGCUGAUUUGGAGUGCUAGUUGAAAAUGUGUAUUUUACCUGAAAUAUUUGUGCAUUGCUGAUAUUGACCUUGGCCAUACAUCCCCAACAAGGUCCCUUAACUCCCCUGAAUUUUGGGCCGAUGGUAAGUGUCAAUGUCUACGUAGGUUGCUUUCAAAGUAAAGUUUAUGUGUAUGCAUGUAUGUAUGUAUGCAUGCAUGCAUGCAUACAUGUAUGUGUUUGUGGUGGUUUGAGGUAUUAAUGGAAAGUGGGAUUUGUUCGGUACAGAAGCAUUGACAUUGCUCUGUAACAAGAGUGAAUGAUUUGAUUUAGACUCCAGCUGACUGCGUGGAUGUGGUUGACUCUGGGUAGGAUCCCACUUUUACAUAUGAAACAAAAUCCACUGAAAAUCAGGGGUUCCUUUUGUGUAACCCACUGCCAGGCCCCAGGACUACUUCCCUUUCCUUGAGUUGUGUUUUCCUUUGUCUUUUUUAAGUUAAGAUGGUGAAUAAGUUCAUGUUUUCGAAUACGGCGUUGUGAGGUCAGGGCUGAGGAUAGUCCAGACAGAGAUCAUGAAGCCAGUAUAGUAGCUCUGUCAGCAGAACAGAAUGGAAGAAAUGUUUUGUUUAGUGAAGGUUUCUCUAAAUAUACAUGAUGUGUAUUUGAUUUGUGGCCUUUUGUCUCUUGUCAGAGAACUUUGAAGUGUUCUUUGACAUUACCGAGAACAUUCUGUGUGUGUAUAAUGUUAGUUUCAGUGUACAUUCCUAUUAUCAGCUCAUCCACUGACUCUGUCUCUACACAUGCUGUUCUGUUCAGUCAGUAUACAGUGGCAAUGUCUCAAAAGAUGAUACAGGUAGCAGAAAAGUGAUGAUCUCUUAUUUUUUGUAAAACUGAUGCAUGUGUCACUUUUUAUUGUACAAUCAUAGCUAUCGGCCAUGCUAAUGAUGAUUAUAUUGGGCAGGAGUCAAAAGCACCAUAAAGAUAAUUUGUGCUGCAGCUGAAAUAAUUAAAGAGUAGAGAGGUAGAGAACAGCAGGUUGUUGUAUGACGUUCAGAGACAGUGCCCUAUGACAAGCACCUAUCCACUCUGAUGAAGUGUCCUUGAGCAAGAUACUAACUCCCUACCAGCUGUAGUGUUGCUGUUCAAAGUAUCACAUAAAGAUAAAAUUAAAUGUAACCAUCAUGAGGAUUUAGCCUUUGCUAUGUGCACUCCUACAGUAGAUCUGUCAUUGAUUUGGAUUACUGUUUUUGUAUGUUUGCGAAGAACAUACCUGAAUGUUUUCAUUUUGCGUUUUCACUUUACUAAUUCUGUAUUACCUGUAAAUAUUGUAAAUUAAGUUAUUGUUGUUAUUGCAUAUAUGACGCUGCAGGCAUGGAAAGAACAGAACCACCUAUACAGCACCUAUACAUUUCCAAAGAAUAGGCCUUCUGCUGAUCUUCCAUAUUGUCUCUUACUGUCACAAAAGCAUUUUAAUGUUGUCAUAUCUAUGACAGACUCACUAUCUCAGCGUCCCUGUGUGUGAUAUAACCUUUACUGUCUGAGAGUUGCAACAUGAAUAAAGUGAAAGGACAGGUAUAUUUGUCUUAAAAUUA